GAGAAACCUACAUCGCACCUUGUCAGCAAGCUUCUCUCGGUACUCCAUCUUUGUAUCUCCUCCUAUUAAUAGGCCUUGUAUCAUCCGCUCACCACUUCCACCAACACCCUUUUCUACCACUCAGAUGUUACAUGUUACAAGGCAGGAGUGAAAUAAAAAUGCAUUAUAUACUUCACGUAAAUUAAAAAAAGGCCUAUAAAUCUCCCCCAGGAAUGUGAUGCAAAAGAUCUCCGGAUUGGUGGGGAAUAGGGCGGCAGAGUUAAGGUGGAGCUGAGCUGAGCACCCAGCCAGUGCAGGUCAAAGCCCACAUCUUUGGAUCUACGAAAUGACCAAGUUACAAAAUGGAACAAAAGUCAGUACAGUGGGAAUCAACAGAACUCACAUUUUUGUCACUGUUUCCUGUAUAUUUAGCUUAUAACAAGGUCAUUUAGCUUAUUUCUGCAUUAACAGUGAAUUAUAUAUCAGAACCUAUACACAAAUUUUACAUAAGCACACCAGAUGAGUCAUUGUGGAGUUCAAAUGUAUUUACCCUUUAGAUAUAAUACAUUCACAUAUUGUCCAGUGUAGCUCAGCGUUGCGCUCUAUGCAGCCUGAGAUUGGCUCCAGGGCCCCACAUGACCCUUCCCAGGAUAAUCAGGUAGAAAAUGGUCUAAUGUUAUGUGUCCUGAUAAUAUCACAUAUUGGCAAAAUGAGAAAGUGCUGGUCAAACUGGACAAAAAUGUUCCAAAUUGAGAUCAUAAAAACACUAAUUCACCAAACUAUUGGGGAAAGCUUUCAGUUUCUAUCAAAAUUCGGAUGACGGAACAGUCAUUUGUAAUCCUGGCUUCAUUACAGGGACACACAGACUAUUAUCACUGAUAUAAACAGAAAACACGCUCUAAAAAUAGUCCCACCAAGGCUAACCAUUAAUGUAGAAGAAACCAUUACUGUGUAAGAUUGCGAAGCAUUACUAAAAGCAAUUUCAUUUUUGCAAAUUACAUAUUCAGCAGGUAAACAAUGGAUUAUGUAUGCACAAACACACAUAUGUAUUUCAUAUUUAUGUUCAUUAAAACACCUAUGAAUAACGAUAGUAUUCCUGCGUGAAUGCCAAAUCUAUGUUAAAGUACGACAUUUAAACAAGUAAUACGGUAACUUAAUAGCGUCAUGAAAAAGUCACAAGUCAACCAGGGAACUAGCAAUAGUUAAUACUAUGCAAACUGUCCUGGCACUGAAACACAGAGUUCAACUUGUAGUUAAAUCACACUCCCCAGAGCUGGGUAAAGCGAUCCUCGACGUUCUGCAUUUCGAACGUCACUACUGCGUAACAGAAACUGCGCAUGCGUACAUAUAGACUACCGGCCACUAUCAAUCGAUCAGAGAGAGGAAGAUGGCGGUGAAUCGAGCCUGAGAAGAGAGAUCGAUCACCGAAUCACUCGAUUGAACGAAACAAACGGCGUGGGAGUACAGAUAUAUAAAAAAAAACAUCCUAUCGACAUCUGGAAGCGUCUUUUCCCAGUUACUGAGAUAUUACCAGGGGAUUUCCCAUUCUGCUCUUUGAGCAGGUCGACUGCUGUUGCCUUUGCGGUCUCCUGCCUUUGUGAUGGACUUCCCCUGGCACAGUGGGAAGGUUUUAGAGCAGCUGAACCAUCAGCGCCAGCAAGGGCUGCUGUGUGAUUGUACCUUCGUGGUGGACGGCGUGGACUUCAAAGCCCACAAGGCCGUGCUGGCUGCCUGUAGCGCCUACUUUCGCACGCUUUUCCUGGACCAGAAGGAUGUUGUGCACUUGGACAUCAGCAAUGCCGCAGGUCUGGGGCAGAUUCUGGAGUUCAUGUACACAGCCAAGUUGAGUCUGGGCCCUCAGAAUGUGGAGGACGUGCUGGCUGUAGCCACCUUCCUGCAGAUGCAGGAGAUCGUCAAUGCCUGCUCUGCCUACCGUUCCUUUGCAAUCCCAGGGUCACACCAAGCUACCAAAGCAGACAGAGCUGAGGAGCUGGACCCUCCGGAGACAGCGUUGCAGGGGGAGGUGGCCAGUACCCGACGUGACGGAUCCAGGCAGGAGGUCCUAGGGAGCAGCACGGACGACUUCAAGGCCUCCACAAGCGAGAGCAGCCCCGCCACACACACCCCGCCCUUGGAUCAUGGGUCCCCAGAGGAUGAGCCCGCCAAGCCCCAGGACCCUCCCGCUGAAGCCUCCUCACCACGACAGCCUAGCCAGCCCCCCCAGCGGAGAGGAACCCGCACCUCAUCUCGCAGGCUGGUGGACGCUGAAGAGAAGGAGGCAGAGGCAGUCAAAGAAGUCCCAGAAUUUCAGGAUGACCCCAGCGACGCCGAUUACGCACCCAAAAUCCCAUUCAGGUCUGUAACAGAGAGAUCGUGCAUCAGUACUCGCCGAAGUCGGGCCAAGAGGUCAGCCCAGCACUCCCUCCCGCAGGAUUCUGACUCGGGUGAGGGGAUGAAAGUGACAAGAGAGCAGGAGGAGGAUGUGGAAGUGGACCAGGAUGAGGGGGGAGAGGAAGAGGGCGACGAGGGGGAGGAGAUGGAAGGAGGGGAUACUGCGGGGGAAGAGGCCGGGAGUGAUGGGAAGCCACUGCGUUCGGGGCCUUUUACAGACCGCAGCGAAUCCCGAGUGUAUGGCUCUAUCACCCACAAGUGCGAGGACUGUGGGAAGAAGUUUACACACACUGGGAACUUUAAGAGGCACAUCCGCAUCCAUACAGGCGAGAAACCGUUCAGCUGUCGGGACUGUCAGAAGGCUUUCUCUGAUCCGGCGGCCUGCAAGGCCCAUGAGAAGACGCACAGUCCUGUGAAGCCGUACAGCUGCACGGCAUGCGGUAAGAGCUACCGGCAGAUCAGCCUGCUGAACCUCCAUCGCAAACGGCACACGGGCGAGGCGCGCUACAGCUGCGAGGAUUGUGGCAAGCUCUUCACCACCUCGGGUAACCUGAAGCGUCAUCAGCUGGUGCACAGUGGAGAGAAACCCUACCAUUGUGACUACUGCGAGCGGGCCUUCUCCGACCCCACCGCCAAGAUGCGUCACCUAGAGACUCAUGACACUGACAAGGGCCACCGGUGUCCCCACUGCGAUAAGCGCUUCAACCAGUUGGGGAACCUGAAGGCCCACCUAAAGAUCCACAUCACAGAUGGGCCCCUGAAGUGCAAAGAAUGCGGGAAGCAGUUCACCACCUCAGGUAACCUGAAGAGACACUUGCGAGUGCACAGCGGUGAGAAGCCCUACACCUGCAUGCACUGUCAGAGGGCUUUUGCCGACCCUGGGGCACUGCAGAGGCAUGUCCGCAUCCACACGGGAGAAAAGCCUUGUCAGUGCCUCAUUUGUGGCAAAGGCUUCACCCAGGCUAGCUCUCUAAUCGCCCACGUCCGACAGCAUACUGGAGAGAAGCCGUAUGUCUGCGAUCGAUGUGGAAAAAGGUUUGUCCAAUCUAGUCAACUGGCUAAUCACAUCCGGCACCAUGACAACAUCCGACCUCAUAAAUGUCAGGUCUGCAACAAAGCCUUCGUCAACGUUGGAGACCUGUCGAAACACAUCAUUAUCCACACAGGUGAGAAGCCAUUUCUGUGUGACAAGUGUGGGCGGGGCUUCAAUCGCGUGGACAACCUGCGUUCCCACGUCAAGACAGUGCACCAGGGCAAGGCCGGCAUGAAGCAGCUGGUGGUGGCUGGGGAUGACAGCGAUGAGGGCGGAGGACCAGGAAAGCUGCAUGUCAGCUCUACGCCGCCCUCGGAGCUGGACGACAGCGAGGUCAACAUAGUUACCGUCACCACUGAUGACAUCGUCACUCUAGCCACUGAGGCUCUUGCUGCCAGUGCUGUAGCUCAGUUGACAGUGGUGCCUGUGGCAGCGUCGGUGUCAGCCGACGAGACGGAGGCCCUGAAAGCAGAGAUCACCAAGGCUGUAGAGAGAGUGCAGGAGGCUGACCCCAACACACAGAUUCUGUACGCCUGCGACUCCUGUGGGGAGAAGUUCGCUGAUGCCAGCUCGCUGGCACAGCAUGUGCGCAUCCACACCGCUCAAGCCCUCGUCAUGUUCCAGGCGGACUCCGACUUCUACCAGCAGUACGGGGGUGCAGGUGCCUGGCAGGCUGCCGAGCAGGUCCUGCAGGGCGGCCAGCUGCUGUUCCGCACCAGGGAGGGCGAAGGGGAGGUGGAGGCAGGGGCCGAUGAGGCUGCCCAUGCCCAGGCUCAGGGGGAAGGUACAGAAGGGGCUCCGGGAUCCGAGCCUGGGGUGCUGGCAGAGCCAGAGACUGUGGAGAUGGAGUGUGCCCACCAGGAAGAGUGAAGUAGGACUGAAUGUUCAGCAUGCAUUUGCAGAGAGAGUCAGGGGUAUCGAAGACUGGCAUGUUAACCGGUGCUGGCAGGCUUGCUGCCACAUGAAAGCAGCUGCCAUUUUUGUAAUGGUUGGUAAAACGAUAUUUAGUCGUCAUCUGUGCAUCACAACAUGUCAGUGUCAUGCAACCCUCAGUUAAAUGUGAAUUAGGAAUCAGAAUUUAACUGUUGAGCUGUUUCCUUCCUUUAUGGAUUCCCAAGCUGCUUAUUCCACCGUUUAAUAUAUUUUUUUAGACGGCCGGUGAUACGUGCACAGGUUGCCCCUAGCUUUGGUGAGUAUGCGUUGUCUGUGUGACAGAGCCUUUGGUGGGCAGGCUGAGCCCCACCCUGCGGAGAAGUGAGGCCUACCACUGACUCUGUGUGGUGAAAGGAGAUCUGUGUUUCAUUGCUCUGAACCAAACCCCAAUGCGAAUAAAAAGAAAGAUUAAUUGAGAUAAAGGUAGAUGUUAAAUCCAUACCUUUAAAUGGCCAAACAAGAAGUGAUGCAUUUGGAAAUCCAUGAACACAGUUUCUCUCUUUCAGUACUUUGACCAUCAAACUUAAGUGUGCUUAAUGCAUUUUAAAGAUUAAACCUUUACUUUUUAAAAUCACCUGUUGUCACAUAGAAUGUUUAACUAUUCUAUGUCUGACAGAUCAUAUUUUCCCAAAAUAGCAGUUUUUGAAUCACAUUCAGGGUCCAAUUUCCUGUGUGGGGAAUCUGGAACUUUAAAUUUAACCAGAUUAAACAGAGCAAGUAUGAUGCUAUGUAUAUUAUUCAGAUUCAGCAGUGAUAUUUUACAUAAAUAGUAGAAUUUUAUCUGGUAUCUUCCACUAAUUUGGAAAAAAGCAGUUUGGUCUAUAAAUUGAUUUGUUUUGUAAAUGUAAGCCAAGGUUGUGGUGUUGCUAGGUGGCUGUCCUGAUGCUAAGGUACUUGAAGGUACCAGGAACCAGAACAUGUUCGUGAAGGGAUGCCUGUCAGUUGACACUUAACCCUUAAUGCAUAAAUCAGAGAGGUAUUAAGAUACAUGAAUACCCUAAGGCAGAUGUUCAAAUGGACUCUUCCUUCCCCGCCCAUUACACUGCCUGACAAUUUAUUGUAUUAACAGUGCACUAAAUAAAUGCAGAAUUGCACUUUUCUUUGGAUGUAUGGAAUUUUCAGUUGUCACAUAGAAGUAUAUCUCAGGAUAUGUCUAGAAGGUACCUGAGGGGUAUAUAUCUGUAGUGCUCAAAUAUCCUUAUGAAAUGAUAAUAAAAUAAAUACAUAGGUGUGAGUUAUUCAUUGUAAAUAUCAUAUGUGAAUUGUGUUAGAUGCUAUGGUAAUUCAGGAAUGGAUAAAACAAUUUUCCAAAUAAGAAAAUUACAUACUUCAACAUUCAGGUUAUUAUAUGCGGCUGUCCUGGGGCCUGAAUCACAGAGCAGGAUUUCUAGCUUAGCCUGAUAACUUGUCAGAUUUAAGGUACUGCAGUUUAAAUGGACUUUAUCUUUGUUCACUUACAUUUAGCCCAGACUACCUUAAAUCCGUGUGAUACAGGCCCCUAAUAUUUAGGUUUUUUCUUUAACAUAGCUGUGUAACUAUGGUCCAUUUGACCAGUGGCAUAGGAGAGAGAUCGAUAUUUUUAUUGGGUGGGUGGGGAGGGAGGAUGACUGAAUCCAAAUUAAAUAUUGGGGGUUACAAUCCCCCCUCCCCCGGUUUCCUGCUCCCCUUGGCCACAUGUGGUAUGGCACAGGGUGGCUGUUGUGAGUCUGAAAAUGUUCGCUCUCUGCCUGCUACUCUGUAUCUCAAUAAAAUUUUAACUUUCCUAAGAAUUAAAAGGUUUACUUUAUUUCACAGUCAUAUCACUUUAAACUGAACAUACAUAUUUGAUCUGAAACAGAAUCAGUGGUAACUUGGAAGCCUCAGCUAACAGUGCUGUCAGUUACUGGCGUACAGAUGGGGGCGAUUUCAGUGGAUUAAAUUCAGAAGUACUUCUGUGUAUUAUUGUUAGUUUUUAUGUACCUUGUAUUUCAUAUUAAUCCAUUAUAAUUAACUCUCUACUACACCAGCAUCUUUCGUUCUUGUAUUUCGUUCUUGGGUUAUUCUUGAAACAGUUUUUUAAAUGAUAUAUUGGUAUUUGUUUUAUAUAUAAAUCUAGACCUA